AUGGCGCCUCCGAGGCGCGGAAGGAGCGCGCGCGAUGGCGCGACCGCGGGAGGCGGAGACGGCGUCCGAUCGUCGGACGACGCCGUCGUCGGGCGGAUCGACGCGCUCGCGGCGGAGAACAGCGCGCUCGCGGCGAAGUGCGACGCGCUCGCGGCGGAGGUGCGCGCGCUGAAGGAGGCCGGGGCGUCGCCGUCGGCGGGGUUUAGGGUUUAG